CGAAACCGGAGGCAGUCAACUCGUAAACUCUUUUCGCGAGUGAAUUUUGGCUAAAAUUCUUGCAAUUAAUGCGAGAAGUGCAUCAAUAAUACGUGACUUUCGAGGAUGUAUCGAUACGUAAUAGCGAGAAAUUGUGGAAAAGUGCCUGCGCUUUCGGGCGGCAAUGCCACGCACGGCAAGCACUUGGCGCAACAUGUCACGCGUUCCUACGCCAACGGGCAGCAACUUCCGCCGAUGCAGCAAGCGGGCUUCGGGAAAUUUUUCGUUAUUUUGACUCCUUUUGCGGUCGGCGGAGGAGUUGCAGCGUAUGCCAGUUACGACAAAGAAUUCCGCAAACUCGUUGAGGAAAAUGUUCCGGGCUCGGCAAAAGCUUUGAAAAUCCUUUUGCAAGAAGAAAAGCCAUUGGAAGAUCUCUCCAAGAAGCUCGAUGAAUACACGUCAGCUGUCACGGGAUUCUUUGGAGGCGGCAGUGAAGCUGUUAAGGAAGAAACAAAACCCAAAAAAGAACUUUACAAGCCAACAAUCACAUCCUCGCCAGCAUCUCCGGCAAAAUCUAGUCCAAAGCAAGAUUCGAGUGUUCCUGCGCCGCCAUUGGUGAAGCCAACGCCCUCAGCAGCAGCAGCUCCCGCCGCGAAACCCAAACAAUCGGAAGCUAAAGCUGAAAUUCCGAAAGUUGCGGCGCCAGUUUUGCCUCGUGAUGUGAGUGAAUUGGAAAAACUCGCGGAAUCUGCGGCAAAUACGGCGGUUAAGCAUUAUCAAGCUGCUGUGAAGGUUCUUAAAGGUUACAAUGACGAUGUCAAGCGAAUCGUUGAGGAAGCUCACGAAAAAAUCGACCACUCAUCUUGGAUGAUUCUCAAGAACAAAACUAACGCUCGCGAUACUGCCGUUCGUGCUGCUGAAACUGCAGCUGAUGAAGCUAAAAAGGCGAUUGAAAACAUCGAAAAAUCUUUGUACAAAAGUGAUUCGAAAGUUCCCGCAGAAGCGAAAGAGGUGCUCAAAGAGAAAGUUCGCAAUUUCCUCGACAACCUCGAAGUUGCCAAGAAGGAAGUUUACAGUGCCAUCGAGCAAUCUGACCUGACAGAGAAAUAUUGGCGCAACAUCGAAACCGCUCGCAAUCACUUCAUCAAAGACGUCGAAGAACUCUUUCCGAACGUGAAUUUCGCCCAGAAGAAACUCGAUUUGUCCAAAGAGGAAAUUGACCUGUUUUUGGUGCUCGCUCACUCGAAAGUUGUCGCUUUGCAGAAGGAAUUGCAAAAAAUCACGACAGACGGCGAUUUGCGUUUGAAACGUGCUUUGGAUGCGCUUCGCGGUGCAGAUGGCGAACAAUCGUCGGAGGCAGUGAAAGCUCAAGUGCAAUACGAAAUGCAAAAGGUACGACGCGAAAUUGAGUUUGAGAAUCAAGCGAAAAUGUUGCGAAUUCGACACGAAGCUGAACGUGAACUUAGGUCGGCAUUGAAGCAACAAGCGGAGGCGCAUAUCGAUCACGUAAAGGAGGCUUUGGAGAUCAAGGAACAAGAGAUGCGUCGCAAAUUCCAACGGGAAUUGGAGGAAAAGUUGUCCAAUGAGAAUGCGAAUUACAAGCAGCAAUUGGCUUCGAUGAUUGGCAAGAUUAAGGGAAUGGAUGAAGCACUCAAAGCUCGUGCCGAUUCCGAACGCAGUGCUCAUCAAGCGCAAAACUUGUGGGGUGCCUGUCAAGCUCUUUGGUCCUCGGUUCGUGCUGGCCAACCCGGCGUUUCAUGGAAGGAAAAGCUUCGCCCUCUUUCAAAUGAACUAAAAGCUGUUGCAAUUGCCGCCGAAGGUGAUGAACUCGUUGCUGUCGUCAUCAAAGGUCUGCCCGACGAGGCUGUCAAUCGCGGCGUUUAUCCCGAAGACGCUUUACGCGAACGCUUCAUUCAAGUUCGCAAGAUGGCACAUCGCCUCGCCAUGGUGCCCGAAGAAGGUGCGCGUCUCCCGGUGUAUUUACUGUCCUUUUUGCAAUCCAUGUUCAUCAUAAAUCCGUCGCAAGCGAUCACGAAGGACGAGUUGCAGGACAAACCCGUCGACUUUAGUCAAUUUGACAACUUUGAUAUUCUCAAUCGGGCCAAUUACUGGUUGGAACGCGGCGAUUUGACACAAGCACUUAAGUACAUGAAUCUUCUGAAGGGCGCAUCGCGAAAAGUCUCGGAGGAAUGGAUGAAGGAGGCUCGACUGUUGUUGGAGACGCAACAAGCGGCAAAUACCUUGAUGGCACACGCUGGCGCUAAUUCACUUCGGUACUUGUAAAUUUAUUAUUUUUUUUUUGUUGUGAACCGAUGACGGCAAAGUUUUAUUUUUU